CCCAAACUGGCUUGACUUGACUUGAACUCACUCAGUACAAGAGAUGACCUUGAACUUGUGAUCUCCUCUCAGGUACCUCUGAGAUUGCAGGCAUGAGCCACACCCUGUUUUAUGUGGUGUUGGAAUCUAACCCAGGGCUUCUUGCAUGCUAGCCCAGCACUCUGCACACUGAUCUGCAUUCCUAGUCCCUCUCCUUCUCUCUCGUGUGCGUACUGAGGGAAUUUUGAUUUCUGUUUCCUUGCCUGCUGAGUUUGGUCUCCCAUGCUUUCCUUUUGCAGUAGGGAAAUGGCAGUAGAUGGGUGGUGUUGUCCAUGGUAGAUGCCCUGUAGGUGUUAGCAACGGCCUUCUAGGCAGGAUGGAGUGCCGCUUGGUCAGUUGGUGUUAGAAUACCACCCAAGUCCAGACUUAACUGUGAUCUGACCUCAGUCUCAACUCCACCCCCCCUCUGCCACUCCUCAUCCAGGAAAUUACUGCCCCGUUGAUGCCGUUUUUUCUCUUCCAAACCUACUCAUUGCAAAUUUUAUCAGAUUUCAGCUGAUUAAAAAGGUAAGAAAGGCACACAGUGAUUGCUCUGUUCUCCAAGGAACUUUAGUAUAGUUUUUGACCUUUUGGAUCCUUUAGGAAUCAAACUGACUUGGUAAACCAGUCCUGUGAUGGGAGGAAGUGGGCGCCCUGUUUGGGGAGGGCGGCAGAUGCAGCCAUAGGUAGUGUUCUUUCUUGUCAUUGCUGCCUUGUUGUCUGCUCCUCCUCGGUUCGGUUCUGUUCUUGGACAUUUGUUUAUCCACCCUCCUUCUCUUUUCCCAUUUGUAGUUUUAUUUUUUUGAGACAGGGUUUCAUGAAACUGGCUGACCUUGAACUUGCUAUUUGCUGAGUGUGGAUGGUCCUCCUGCCCUCACCUCCUAAGUGACGGAAUUACAGAUGUUGUCCCCAUGCCUGGUUUCACAGAGAACACCCUGCGAGUACCACGUGCCUACAACUGCUCCCAGCUUCCCAAACCACAGCUGUGGGGAGCUUGGGGUACAGCAUACGAGAUUCUGUAUUAAGCUGCCCAGGCAGAGGAGAAUGGGGUCUCCACAGCCUGAAGAAUGAAGACACGACAGAAUAAAGACUCAAUGUCAAUGAGGAGUGGACGGAAGAAAGAGGCCCCCGGGCCCCGGGAAGAGCUGAGAUCAAGGGGCCGGGCCUCCCCUGGAGGGGUCAGCACAUCCAGCAGUGAUGGCAAAGCUGAGAAGUCCAGGCAGACUGCGAAGAAGGCGCGAGUAGAGGAGACCUCUACCCCAAAGGUCAGCAAGCAGGGCCGCAGUGAGGAGAUCUCAGAGAGCGAAAGUGAGGAGACCAGUGCACCCAAAAAGACCAAAACUGAGGAGCUCCCUCGACCACAGUCUCCCUCGGAUCUGGACAGUUUGGAUGGGCGCAGCAUUAAUGAUGAUGGCAGCAGUGACCCUAGGGACAUAGAUCAGGAUAACCGAAGCACAUCUCCCAGCAUCUACAGCCCUGGAAGUGUGGAGAACGACUCCGACUCAUCUUCCGGCCUGUCUCAGGGCCCGGCCCGCCCCUACCACCCACCUCCACUCUUUCCUCCUUCCCCUCCACCACCAGACAGCACUCCCCGACAGCCAGAGCCUGGCUUUGAACCCCAUCCUUCUGUGACACCUACUGGAUAUCAUGCUCCAAUGGAGCCACCCACAUCUCGAUUAUUCCAGGGCCCGCCUCCUGGAGCCCCUCCCCCACACCCACAGCUCUACCCUGGGAAUGCUGGUGGAGGUGUUUUAUCUGGGCCCCCCAUGGGUCCCAAAGGGGGAGCAGCUGCCUCUUCAGUGGGUACCCCUAGUGGAGGCAAGCAGCACCCCCCACCCACCACCCCAAUUCCAAUAUCAAGCUCCGGGGCCAGUGGUGCCCCCCCAACAAAGCCACCUAAUGCUCCAGUGGGUGGUGGGAACUUACCUUCUGCUCCACCAUCAGCUACUUUCCCCCACGUGACCCCAAACCUGCCUCCUCCACCUGCCCUAAGACCCCUCAACAAUGCCUCUGCCUCUCCUCCUGGCAUGGGGGCUCAGCCAAUCCCUGGGCAUCUGCCCUCUCCUCAUGCCAUGGGUCAGGGCAUGAGUGGACUUCCUCCUGGCCCAGAGAAGGGUCCAACUCUGGCUCCCUCACCCCACCCUUUACCCCCAGCUUCUUCCUCCUCUGCCCCUGGGCCCCCAAUGCGGUAUCCAUAUUCAUCCUCCAGUAGCUCUGCAGCAGCUUCUUCUAGUUCUUCCUCCUCCUCUGCCUCCCAGUACCCAGCUUCCCAAGCUCUGCCCAGUUAUCCUCAUUCCUUCCCUCCACCCACCAGUAUGUCUGUCUCUAAUCAGCCACCCAAGUAUACCCAGCCUUCCCUCCCAUCCCAGGCUGUGUGGAGUCAGGGUCCUCCACCUCCUCCUCCCUAUGGCCGCCUCUUGGCCAACAACAACACCCAUCCAGGCCCUUACCCUCCUGCUGGGGGCCAGUCCACAGCCCACCCACCAGCCCCUACACACCACCAUCACCAGCAGCAGCAGCAGCAGCAACCACAGCAACAGCAACAACAUCAUCCUGGAAACUCCGGGCCCCCUCCACCCGGAGCAUAUCCUCACCCCCUAGAGAGCAGCAGCUCCCACCAUGCACACCCUUACAACAUGUCUCCCUCCCUGGGGUCUUUGAGGCCCUACCCACAGGGGCCAGCGCACCUGCCUCCACCUCAUGGCCAGGUGUCCUAUAGUCAAGCAGGUCCCAAUGGCCCCCCAGUUUCCUCCUCUUCCAACGCUCCCGGCUCUUCCUCUCAAGCCUCCUACUCCUGCUCGCACCCCUCCUCAUCCCAGGGUCCCCAAGGGGCAUCCUACCCCUUCCCGCCCGGUCCUCCAGUCACUACUUCCUCAGCUACACUUUCUACUGUCAUCGCUACCGUGGCUUCCUCGCCUGCAGGCUACAAGACAGCCUCACCACCCGGGCCCCCUCAGUACAGCAAGAGAGCCCCAUCCCCAGGGUCCUAUAAGACCGCCACCCCGCCUGGAUACAAACCGGGGUCACCACCCUCCUUCAGAACAGGGACCCCACCUGGCUUUCGAGGCACCUCUCCGCCAGCAGGCCCAGGGACCUUUAAGCCAGGCUCACCCACUGUGGGGCCAGGGCCCCUGCCACCUGCGGGGCCUUCGAGUUUGUCAUCUCUGCCUCCACCACCCGCGGCCCCAGCGACAGGGCCGCCCCUGACUGCCACGCAGAUCAAACAGGAGCCAGCUGAAGAGUAUGAAGCCCCCGAGAGUCCGGUGCCCCCGGCCCGAAGCCCCUCGCCCCCUCCCAAGGUGGUGGACGUGCCCAGCCACGCCAGCCAGUCAGCCAGGUUCAAUAAGCACCUGGACCGUGGCUUCAACUCGUGCGCGCGCAGCGACCUGUACUUCGUGCCGCUGGAGGGAUCCAAGCUGGCCAAGAAGCGCGCGGACCUGGUGGAGAAAGUGCGGCGCGAGGCCGAGCAGCGUGCGCGCGAAGAAAAGGAGCGCGAGCGCGAACGGGAGCGCGAGAAGGAGCGCGAGCGCGAGAAAGAGCGCGAGCUGGAGCGCAGUGUGAAGCUGGCCCAGGAAGGCCGUGCUCCAGUGGAGUGCCCGUCUCUGGGUCCAGUGCCUCAUCGGCCUCCCUUUGAGCCUGGCAGCGCUGUGGCUACAGUGCCCCCUUACCUGGGUCCUGAUACUCCAGCCCUGCGCACUCUCAGUGAAUACGCCCGACCUCACGUCAUGUCUCCUGGCAAUCGCAACCACCCAUUCUAUGUGCCCUUGGGGGCAGUGGACCCGGGGCUUCUGGGUUACAAUGUCCCAGCCCUGUAUAGCAGCGACCCAGCUGCCCGCGAAAGGGAGCGGGAAGCCCGUGAACGUGACCUCCGUGACCGGCUCAAGCCUGGCUUUGAGGUGAAGCCUAGUGAGCUGGAACCCCUACAUGGGGUCCCCGGGCCAGGCCUGGAUCCCUUCCCCCGACACGGGGGCCUGGCUCUACAGCCUGGGCCGCCUGGCCUGCAUCCUUUCCCAUUUCAUCCGAGCCUGGGGCCUCUAGAGCGAGAACGGCUUGCGCUGGCAGCUGGGCCAGCCCUGCGUCCUGACAUGUCUUAUGCUGAGCGGCUGGCAGCUGAAAGGCAGCAUGCAGAAAGGGUGGCAGCUCUGGGCAAUGACCCUCUGGCCCGGCUGCAGAUGCUCAACGUGACUCCCCAUCACCACCAGCACUCCCACAUCCAUUCUCACCUUCACCUGCACCAGCAGGAUGCCAUUCAUGCAGCCUCCGCCUCGGUGCACCCUCUCAUUGACCCCCUGGCCUCAGGGUCUCACCUUACCCGGAUCCCCUACCCAGCUGGGACCCUCCCUAAUCCCCUUCUUCCUCACCCUCUGCACGAGAACGAAGUUCUUCGUCACCAGCUCUUUGCUGCCCCUUACCGGGAUCUGCCAGCCUCCCUUUCUGCUCCCAUGUCAGCAGCUCAUCAGCUGCAGGCCAUGCACGCCCAGUCAGCUGAGCUGCAGCGCUUGGCGCUGGAACAGCAGCAGUGGCUGCACGCCCAUCACCCAUUGCACAGCGUGCCACUGCCUGCCCAGGAGGACUACUACAGUCACCUGAAGAAGGAGAGUGACAAACCGCUGUAGAACCUGCGAUCCAGAGAGCGCCCACUGCUCCUUCACCCAGACCUUGGAGGACUCCUUCACCCUUUUGCCGUACCCCCACCCCCCAGAGCCGAGGAGAGGGUGCUGCCCGCUAGCAGAGCUUCUGCAGCUGGGCAGAGGGAGGGAGGGAAGAAGGGACAGACAAGGUUAAGGCCCAGGGUUGUGUGCAGAGGUGGGAAGUGGCAAGGGUGGGGACAGAAAGUGCACAGUAUCUUGGACCAGGUCCCUCUUCCUUAUCCCCUGCUUUUCUUCUCCUCUAUGCCCAAUCCUUGGUGGCCACUGCUCCUCCCCUAACCCAUUGGUGUGAUUAUUUCAUCUGUUAGAUGUGGCUGUUUUGCGUAGCAUUGUGUGCUGCCCCUGCCCCAUCCCCCUGUGUGCACCCCGCCUCGGCGAUGUGUGCCCCUUGCCCGUCCCACAUUAAUAAUUUAUAUAUAUAAAUAUCUAUAUGAUGCUCUUUAAAAAACAUCCUGACCAAAACCAACCAAACAAAAACAUCCUCACAGUUCCCCAGGAA